UGAUACAUGGAAAUAAACUCAUGCUUAUUUAUUAAAAUGACAUUGUCCACAUUAAGGCAAGUAAUAAGGUUGUACAGUAUAACCCAACUUUUUAUUAUACUCUUUACAAAUUAUUAUGAAAUUAAGCGUAACAUCUGUUGCUACAUUUGGAUUAAAUAGGAUGGGAGAAACCAUAUUAAAUACGGUUAAUAAUAGGACAGAAAUCCAGAAAGGUUCCCUCUAAAACAAGCUCCCAAUAUCACAAAAUUCAUGGUUUUAUAAGCAACUUAGUCACAUACAUGUAUGUUCAACUGUAUAACAGUGUUAUGUCUUUUUCUGUUGUAUUUGUGAGUAUUGGUGAAGCAAUAUUUUUUUACAACCUGAUGCCCCUAAAACAUUUAAAUUCCUAAAAACAGUAGGAGCACCAUGGUAUUCCAGGAUUUGUUUUCAGUAUUUGUCUCUGUCCCUCAAAUUCCAUUGACAAAAUACUCUGACAGCUCCUGGGCAGCAACAGGACCUUGGGGCUUUAGAAACCUCAGACAGGCAAACUAGAUCAGAUGGCAGGUCAGCUCUUUCUCCCUUUGAGAGUCACAUCCUAUCCAUUGAAAAUCAAGGUUGCCAGCGUUCAAACUGUAAACAUGAACACACACACAAAAUCACACUUAUACCUUUGACUGCUGAAGAGGAAACAUUGCUUUCAACUGUACCUAACAGCUUGUGGGCUCAUAGCAAGCUUGAGUUUGGAAAUAUAGAAAAUUCAAUUUCUGUUAUUGUUCAGCCAAAGUAUACUUUGUGACCAGUUCUUGUAAAAUGUGAAUUGUGUGAUGGUGUGUCUCCAGAUUGGUUUUGGCCUUUAGUCCUCUCAACUUUCAUUGGGAGGUGUUUAUUUUUAUUUGUACUCGUUUUCAAAUUGUGUAUGCAAAUAAAUAAACUAAGCUAAACUAUUACAAAAAAUAAUAAUGAAAUGAGAAAUGAACGUGACUAAUUAAAAGUAAAUAAACCAUUUUUGCUACAAAAAGAAUAAAUAAGUGCACAAUAAAUAAAUAAUGAUAAUAAUAAUAUGUAUUCAUUUGUCUCCUGAGCCACUAAUGUAGCUACAAUGUAGCAAACACCAGACCGUGGUGUAGCCUGUAAGACACAUUGAAGGGAUGAAAUACCAAAUCUAAGCGCACCAAUCACAGCAGGCCAAAGCUCUGUCAGCCAAUAGGAAGCCAGUAACGGUACCACGUUGACUCUUGUUUCAUGACAACACAGGAAGAUCAAGUUUGUGUGUUAAAUAACAGUUUCGUCGUGUUAGCACAUUGCCAGUGCUACUAAAACGACUUUAUGAAUGAAUCUGAAUAUGGGAUAGUAUUGUCAGUUCACUGAAUUCAGUUUAUAUCAAGUUUUAACGGCAUGUUUCCGCUGAAAUUGCUGGAGCAAAUGACCAGCUCCGUGUCACAUGUAAACAUUGUAUCUUUGAUAGUUUUCUUGCUGGUGUAUUAUUUAGUUCGUUUUUAUCAGAAACAACGGUACUUCGCAAAUAUCCCUCCAGGUCCCAAACCAUGGCCUGUUGUCGGCAACUUCGGUGGUUUUAUCAUCCCUUCUUUCAUCCAGAGGCGGCUAGGACGGCGCUCCGAGAGCGCCGACGUUAUGAAAAACGCUCUAGUCAUUUUAACGGAGCAAGCCAACAUUUAUGGUAACGUGUACAGCCUUUUUGUAGGGAGCCAGUUGAUCGUUGUGCUUAAUGGUUAUGAAGUUGUCAAGGAUGCUCUCUCCAACCAUCCCGAGGUGUUCUCUGACAGGCCAGAUAUCCCUGCUGUCACUAUCAUGACUAAACGCAAAGGAAUUGUCUUCGCACCUUAUGGGCCCAUAUGGAAAAAGCAACGCAAGUUCUGCCACACCAUACUCCGAAAUUUUGGCCUGGGGAAGUUGAGCUUUGAGCCAUGCAUCCUGCAAGGCCUGGCCACCAUCAAAACAGAGCUGCUCCGACAGAAUGAGACGUCCGGUGGUGCCGGUGUGAACCUGGCCCCGCUGAUCAGCAACGCUGUGUCAAACGUCAUCUGCUCAAUGAUCCUGGGUCAACGCUUCCAUCAUGAAGAUCGCGAGUUCCGCACAUUGCUGGACCUGAUGGAGCGUGGACUGGAGAUCUGUGUGAACAGCCCUGCAGUACUCAUCAACAUCUUUCCACUGCUCUACUAUUUGCCUUUUGGGGUCUUCAAGGAGCUGAGGCAGGUGGAAGGAGACAUCACAUCGUUUCUGAAGAGGAUUAUUGCAAAACAUCAGGAAACAUUAGAUCCUGAAAACCCAAGGGAUCUUGUAGACAUGUACUUGAUGGAGAUGUUGGCCCAGCAAGCUGCUGGAGAGAAGGACAGCAGCUUCACAGACGAUUAUCUCUUUUAUAUAGUAGGAGAUCUCUUCAUCGCCGGCACCGACACUACCGCAAAUUCAAUUUUGUGGAUUCUGCUCUACAUGGUGUUAUACCCUGAUAUCCAAGACAUGGUCCAGGCAGAGAUUGAUGAGGUGGUGGGAAGACAUCGGGGCCCAUCUAUGACCGAUAAGGGAAGUUUGCCCUUUACUGAAGCCACCAUCAUGGAGGUGCAGAGAUUAACUGUGGUGGUUCCUCUGGGUAUUCCACAUAUGGCCUCCAAGACAACAGUGUUCAGAGGCCACACUAUUCCCAAAGGAACUGUUAUUUUGCCCAAUCUGUGGUCUGUCCAUAGAGAUCCCACUCUAUGGGAAGACCCGGACGGUUUCAACCCAGCACGCUUCUUGGAUGAUGAAGGAAAGUUGCUCAGGAAGGAGUGCUUUAUACCAUUUGGCAUUGGUCGCAGGGUGUGUAUGGGUGAACAGCUGGCGAAGAUGGAGCUGUUCCUGACGGUUACUAGCUUAUUGCAGGCCUUUAAAUUCAGACUCCCAGAGGGAAAGCCUCCUCCUCCUCUGCACGGACGCUUUGGCCUGACGCUGUCACCCUGCCCAUACACUGUGUGUGUGAGCACUCGCCGUUGAAACACUGGAAGACUUGGUUUGAACAGAUUUUCUAUAAACAGGGUGCUCUUAUGCCAAGGAAAAAUGCUGGUAAACGUCUCGUGGAAAGACAAUUCCAGGGGAGAUAUAUUUUUUGAAUAGAGUCUGGCUCCUCUGUAUAUGUAAUUAUUUUUUAUUAUUUAUUAAUUUCCAAUUAUUAUCCAUAAUAUUUCAUUUUCAAGUACCCAUCAGAAAUGAUCCAAUGUGAGUAUUACAAUUACAAUGAUAUGAUCCAGAUUUGCUGCAAAUUCUCUCGAUUAAGAAUCAGGAAACAGUAAAUGUUUUGUAUAUUUACAUGACUAUCAAGUAGUAAUUCUGAUGAAUUAGCAUAACUUUGUUUGUUAUGUAAUUAAUUGAUUAAUAAGGCCAGUAUUAUGUGUUAGAUGUCUUGGAUUUUAAAAGGUACCUGCUGAAUAUCUGUAUAGAAAUUUUAUCAUUUCAUUGUUUUAAGGUACAUUCCACACAUUUAUAGAAAUCACCACAAAUCUGUCCAUGUACUGUCCUUUAUUAGAGCAUAAGAGAAAGAGAGAUUUCUUUUGUCCUAGAUAUUAAAGCUAUAUUUCCUGACAAA